AUGGCAUCGACAUCUCGCAUUUCCGUGUUUGAGACAGCUCCAGCUACUCAGUCUACAGGUGAUGUGGACAAGAAAAACCCUGACUCGCCGACAGUCUUUGCCCCCGACGACUCGACCUCUUCGGUCAGGCGCGGUAGUAUCGAGCAGCCGUAUAGAACGUACAAGAUCCGUUGGUUCGGGCUUGUGGUGUUGACACUACUGAACAUCAUGGUUAGCUGGUCGUGGCUCACCUUUUCACCCGUCACUUCAUCAACUGCCAAGUUCUACAAAGUAGACGAAACAAUGGUGAACUGGCUAAGCACCAUCUUCGUCUUUGCAAACUUCGCCAUGACCCUCGUCACCAUCAAGCUCCUCGACUGGGGCCUUCGUCCGACCCUCAUCAGCGGCAGUGCGCUUCUGCUAAUCGGCAACUGGAUCCGUUAUGCUGGGUCUUACUCCUCCGACGGUAAUAAAGUUGCAGUCGUCGCUGUCGCUCAAGCGCUGCUGGGCAUGUCGCAGUCUCUUGUGCUGAGUGCCCCGACGCGCUUUUCUGAAACGUGGUUUACGAGUAAAGGGCGUGUGACGGCGACUGCUGUUAUGAGUCUUGCAAAUCCGACUGGAGCUGCGGUUGGAUCCAUCGUCGUUCCGUUGUGGACGAAUGAGCCUAGUGAUAUUUCUUCUGUGGUUCUAUACGUUGCCAUCAUUGUAUGUCUCAACCUUCCGCUCUUCCUUCCGAGACCAUCGUCCAGAAGCUCAUCAUCACAGUCAUCUGCCGUGGCCAUUGCUGGCUUCUUUGUUCCAGGCGCGCCAGCAACUCCCCCCUCCGCGAUUGACGAUACAAAUCGGCCCAAGGUCUUACCCUCAUUACGCAUACUGAUUCGAUCGUUGGAAUGUUACCUGAUUAUAAUUCCCUUCUGGGUUUACACUGGUCUCUUCGUCGCCACAACGUCCCUGAUCAACCAGAUCGUCACGCCCUACGGCUUCUCGGAUACCGAGGCCGGUAUUGGAGGCGGUCUCCUCAUCGUUUUAGGUCUCAUCUUCUCUGCCAUCACAGCUCCCAUAAUCGACCGAACCAAGAAAUUUAUCCUCGUAACGAAAUGCGGAGUAGUAGUCGGCGGACUCUGCUAUCUGGCUCUGGUAUGGGUUCCAAGCACAAAAGAGAUCGGUGCACUAUACGCUAUUCUGUGCUGCAUCGGCAUCUCGUCACUUUCUAUCGUUCCUGUGGUCUUGGAGGUUCUGACAGAGUUCUCGUAUCCCGCGGGCGCCGAGAUCACUAGCACUACUGCCUGGGCUGGCGGUCAGUUACUUGGAGGUUGUUUCAUCAUUCUCGGUAACGGUAUGAAGGCUGCUGAGAGUGCUGACCCGCCUCGCAACAUGAAGGACUUUACUGUCUUUCAGGCUGUGUUGGCCAUGGCCAUGAUACCUUUGCCUCUUAUGUUGGGGAUGUUCGGGCGCAGCGAUCAGGUAGCUCUGAAACUCAGCAGCGUCGCCGCGCACGAUCUCGACUAUGUCAAUGGCGAGACCGGUGUGAGCAUCAACAGCUUGUCCAGAGCUCGAGGCUUCAACGCACCACGAUCAGAUGAAGAAUCGCGGCGUCAAUAUUGUUUUGGGACAAGACAGAACCAGAUUUAUGUUACCGACUUCUUGCAAAGUAACUUGGACAUCUUGACAGGCCAUUCGACAUGCUGGCUCAACAGAGGCAUCGCCGGUCUAAGAACAGAACUGGAAAGAAACCUCACAUCCACUCGUGGAUCGGAUAUGCAGGUCCCGAAGUGCCCUAUCAAUAUCACAAGCUCAGGCAACACCUACCUAAUCGACUUUCCCGAGAACAGCUAUCACGUCAAUACACUUUCGGAAUCUAUGCUGAUAAUACUCACGAGUAUACACGUGGCCGCUAUGACACUCGCUUUCUUUAUAGUAUACCCUAUAAUCCUGAUCUUUUCGACACUGAUAGCUCUUGGGGAACUCAUCGAGCGACCCUUGUUUAAAGCUCGGAUAGAGAGUUGGCAAAAGAUACUUUUCUGCGUCUUCUUCCUCCCUCUACUGGCCAUUGGCCUGCUAUGCGGACUAACCGGUAUGGGGUCUUCAGACCAUUUUCGAACUGAACAUGGGAUUAUUGGGUUAGUCACAGCAGUUCUGGCGACAUUGGCAGUAGGAGUCUACCUCAUCGAGAACAACCUCAGACCAAAGAUCUCAAUAAGCCGGAGAUGGCGCCGGGUCCACAUGAUGGUCAACUACACCGACAUCUUCAUUUGCCAGGCUGUUCUCAUGCUUUCGGGCUUUGCCCUACCCGACGGAAUCGACGACUUCCAAGUUAUGAGUCUUUGCGGCACAAGACAUAUAUCCACUUCGCUAUCUUUCUCAGUGGGCAUGAUGGUAGCGUUCGUGUGGAACAGUGCGAUGGCGGCCAUGACGCUUCAGUGGUGGCUUGUUCGCAGGGCUAGUGGGGAUAAGCCUCCGGGCAAGAUGUGGCUAUUGGUAUCACGCGUUUUUAGGCGAAAUACGAACACCUGCGAGGAUGAUGAGUAG